AUGGCUGAUCAAAACGAAAGCAGCGGGACGAAGAAGAGCGUCAAAAUUCAGGAUUACAUUUCGCCGGGAAUCUCGCGGGAGCGAAGCUUCAUACGCAAUUCCAACCAGCAGAUCAACAACAGCAACAAACGGCGCAGUUUGGCGUUCGCCCAAAGCCAGGCUCACCAGCAUGCCCAGCAACAGCUUCGUGAGGGCCGCCUGGAUGGGUUGCCGGGCAUGAACAACAAGCUGAACGUGCACGCGCAAGAGUUUCAGAUGAACAACCUACCGAUGAAUGAUCACCGAUUCCCGCUGCAGAGCACAAGAUCACUGAACAUCUACAGUGGCGCCCUGCAGCACUCGAAAUCGAACGUCACCCUGCCGAUGGGAGGAAUGCACGGACGGCAGCAUCAUCAGCUGCAGCUGGGCUCGAUCGGAAGCCCCAUCCAGCGAGGAUCGCUCAUUAUGCCGGGCCAUUCGCCGAUGCAUCACCACGGAGGGAUGCCUCUGCAGCAGUCUCAUAUGCCGCUGGUGAACUCGCCUUCCAGCAGCAACAUCCUGCACUCUAGCGGACCGCGGGUCAAGUUCGCGCCGGAACCACUGGUUCACGCAACACCACACGCAAACAACAGCUACCAGAACAGCAACCCGCACACGAAUCCGAGCGCCACCAACACCGGCGGCGGCGGAAACACUACUCAACUAAAUGUUGCCCCUUUGCAGCGCUCGAAGUCACUCUCGUCGGCCGACACGUUGACGCGCGGCCUGGCCAGCCUGGGACUGGGCGUCGGGGCGGAGGCGAACGACAUCGGCAUGUUCCCGCCGGAGGUGCACGCCGCCAUCAACAAGGCGAUCGACGAUCCGAACCAGCUGAACGCCCGCUGUCUGAUGGAUCUCGCCACUCAGCUGCUCCAUCGUGCCGUCGAUGGACGACGCUACUCCCUUCCGAUAUCGCGCCUUUGCAUUUCGAUCAUCGCCAAGGAGAAGAAGGAAACGUUCCUGGAGGCCCUUCUCAACACCUGCCGCCAGUGGUACCAGGAGCGGGACAAGGUGCUCGGUAUCUUGCAGAACGCGAAGAAUCCGUCCCGGCCACGCUUCACCUCGUUCAUGGCGUUCCUCACCGAGAUGUUCUGUCAGCUGAAGCGCCGCCAGUUGCAGCUGCGCACCGAGUGUGACGGUGUGCCGCCGCCGCUAGUGCUCCUCACGGUGCUGGGCAAGUGCUGUGAGGAUUGCGUCCGGCCGCCAGUUCGAUCGCUUUCGGAGAUCGAAUGUUUGUUCUUCGUGCUGACUUGCAUCGGUCGCGAUCUGGAGACGCACCUUCCGCAACAACUCGAGUCCCUCUUGGCCGGCGUCCGCGAUGCGUUCCUCAACUCGGCCGCCUCAGCUCCGGCCAUCCGGCGCACGUUGCUCCAGUUGAUCGAGCUCCAGGCGUCCCACUGGCAGCUACCCGGGAACACCGUCCUCUACUACUACCCCUCGUCGAAGUAGGACGACGCACAGCUGCUCGACAGCAAAUUCGUAUCCCUUUUUUUCUAGUUUCUUGUUUCAUGAUGGACUGCAAGUCUGGUACCGCCACCGGAAAGGGGGGGUAGCUUCUUGAAAGCUACGCAAAAAAGCCGCGAAAAACCGACUCCCAAUGAUGCGCGCUCGUCGACGACGAAAGACGAAUCGAAACGGGGGGUGGAAUGGAAAUGGAAGUGGCCGUGGCCGAACGAAAAACCAGUGGCACACGUGCACUGCACUCGAAGAAAAAACCUCACAUCAAACGCGUACGAAACACAAGGCGAUGGCGAAAUGGAAUCGCCAGUGUUUGAAAACCCAACUACGAAGCAGCGAUCAGACUACAUUCCAUCCAAGUUUGUUGCAGACACACAAAAAAAAGGAUUAUUAAUCUAAAAACAUGAAAACAAACAAACAAACGACGAGCGCCCGCUGAUUGGACAACAAACGGCGGUUAAGCUAAUUGACGACGAUCAGGGACGAUCCCUUUACUAACUUACUUCUAUUACGUAGAUCACUUUUUAUUUUAAUUUAUCAACUCAUUUACCCCAGAUUUAACGUCAUUUAGUUUCUUUUACAUUUCUGUAACAAUUUUUACCAUCAACGUGGUAUGUAAAACUACUUUUACUUCUGUUCCAACGUGACAGAAUACGAAACGCGAACACUGUGCUCGUCUAAUCAGCAUAUUACGAAACGAUUGAUUACGAACCUUUCUUUAGUUUUUUUUUUUUGUAACUGUUUGUUAGCAUACUCUCGUAAUGAGCGUAAGUGGAGUGACUCACUUGACCAGGCAACCGGGCAAUGACAACCUGGGGCUUUUGAGUGAGUGAGCCUUACAUAGGGCUGGGUUUUUGCGAUCACGAAUGUAAUCACGCCAUCGAGCAGUAGCUCUCAUUAGUGCCAUCCGAUUGCGAAACAACCGCACAAAACGAGUGAUCGGAUAAGAAACAUAGGGCGGUAUCCUUUCUAAGGAUACAAAAAAGAUAUUAAAACACAAACAUUUUAGCCACACAAAAAGAGAUGAAAACAUAAUGUUACUAGUCAUAGCGCAACCAGGGAGAAAACCGAAAGUGUUAUGUUCGCACAUAUGGAAUGCAACUGCAUUCGAGUACGGCAAAUCGGCAAAGAACCGAGACUGAGAGGCACAUCACCGGCACGUGUUGGUGAACGAUAAAUAUUGAAGGAAAGGAAUAAUGAAUCCUUAUAAGUUUUUUUUUGUUUCUUUAAUUCAUAAUCCUGUAAGGCAGGGAGGAAAUGUGGCAUACACUUAUUUAUUCGUUAGUCAAGUCAAGCAACUAUUCAAGUGCGUAGUACGUUUUAGGCAUGAAUGUCCACUGCACGUCGCUUAUAGUAGUUAAGAUGUUUUUUUUGUUUUUAGUGUAAACAAUGUCAAUCAAAGUUGUUCAUACCAUUUAUAUACUAUAAACGGGAAAUAUAUCCAACCAACAAAC